CUCUCCACGUCCGCCUUCCCUCCGCUUGCGCCUGCCCGUCUCCCCGCUCUCGUCCUGCUUCUGCCGCUCUUGCACUCGCGGCGUGCGCUGCAACAGCUCGGCCGGCGUCUGGCACCGCAGCUUGUUGCACAGCGCUCCUCCGAGCAGCCGGCGCGCGCCUCUUGCUUGCGUGCAGCUUGCCGAGGCUCGCGAGCGCGCCUCACAAGCGCCGCUCAGGUCCCCUCUGCUCUUUCGCUCCGUCACGACACUCUCCCUGCUUCAUCCCCACGAGCCUUCGCCCCACUACCUCUGCGCCACGCCUCGCCCACCAUGUCCAACGUGCUCGUCUACUCGGGGCCCGGCGUCUCGUCGUCGGCGCUGCAGCACACGCUCGGCACGCUGCGGCGCCUGCUGCCGUCGUACGAUGUGCAAGCCGUCGAUGCUCGGGCGCUGGCAUGCGAUCCCUGGGCCGCCACGACUGCACUGCUGGUGCUGCCUGGCGGGCGCGACCUGCCGUACGUCGCAUCACUGGGCGAGGCACAGCGCCCACCGCAUGCGCCCGCCUCGGCGGCCGUGCGGGCCGACGAGCGCAUACACGCCUACGUCUCUGGCGGCGGCCGCUUCCUCGGCAUCUGCGCUGGCGCCUACUUCGCCUCUGCACAGGUCGUCUUUCAACGCGACACGCCGCUCGAGGUCGUCGGCGCCCGCCCGGCACUGCGCUUCUUUCCCGGCGAGUGCCGCGGCACCGCCUACCCGGGCUUCGUGUACGAGUCCGACGCCGGCGCUCGCCUCGCGCGCCUGGCGCUGCCCGACGGCGGCGCAUGGACGUGUGCGUACAACGGCGGCGGCGCCUUUCUCGAUGCCGAGGCAUACGCCGCACAGGGCGUUGAGGUGCUGGCGCGCUAUCCGCCCGCCGACGCCGCCCUGGCGCCCGGCUAUGCGGGCCAGGCAGCGGCAGUCCGCUGUGCCGUCGGCGCCGGCGUGGCGCUGCUCUUUGGCACGCACCCCGAGUUCCCUUUGCAGCGCGAUGCCCGCAGCGUGCGCGAGAGCGGCGCACCCGAGACGGUGCCGCCGACAGACGCCGAGCUGCGGCAGCUCGACGAGGAGCGUCUGGCGCGCCUGGCCGCAUUGCUGCGCGACACCGGUCUUGAGGCGACAUCGCCGCACGUCCCAUCGCUCGACUCGGCGCCGCUUUCGCAGUGGGGCGUGCCGCGCCUGACGCCGCUCUUUUGGCUCUCGAGCAUCCCGGACGGCAUGGGCGAGCUGCUGGCGCUGCAGAGCUCGAGCGCCCGUCCAGCGUUGACCGAUAUGCCCAGUCUGUUCGGGCCCGACGCGCCCGACGACUCGGGAGCGCCCCUCGCAGAGUCCUUCUUCUUGGCACAAGUCGACCAGAACGACACGUUCAUCCUCUAUUCGGGCGUCGGCACGAGUCGGAGCAUCACGCGUGCAAUGGCCGAAGCAGACUACUCGCCCUACCUCGAGGUUGUCUCCUCGGGCGCAGCAGGAGGCUCGAAUGGCAACGAAGCAGAAGCUCGGGCGCACGAUGCGACGGAAGUCAACCUGCAUCGUGUGCCCAAGUACGUGCUCGCCUUUCCCGGCGUGCCCGAUGCAGCCAAGGGCUCGCUCGUCGCCACGUCGUCGGUGCUGCCCGACCGCAGCCUCACGCCGCACUUCGACAUGGUCGCCGCUAUGCGUCAUCUCGCCGCAGCACGCGAGCGUCUGACACAUGGCGCACUCGCAAGCCUGAAGCCGAAGUCAGGGUCGGGAGGAUGGCCGGUCGAGGAAGCGGAGGAGCGGAUAGGCCACACGAUUAUGUACGGCGAGGUGGUGACGAGUACGCAGACGCUGCUGGACAAGAACCCGGGCUUUCUCAAGUGUGCUCCGUCCGGCCUGACGAUUCUCGCCACGCAGCAAGUCUCGGGCCGCGGGCGCGGCAAGAACGCCUGGAUCUCGCCGCGCGGCUGUCUGCAGUUCUCGACGGUGCUGGAGCUGCCGCUGAGUUGCGCCUCCGGGCUCGUCUUCGUGCAGUACCUCGCCGCGCUCGCCAUCGUCGAAGCUGUGCGGCAUGGGCUCGGCGAAGAGUAUGCGCCCGUCGGCAGACGACUGCGCAUCAAAUGGCCGAACGACGUGUAUGCCGAGGUGGGCAGCGCCGAGGAAGAGCAGGGCGCAAGACAAAGGACGGGCACGUUCGUCCACGCGGGCAAGCGAUGGGCCAAGCUCGCCGGCGUGCUCGUGAACAGCUCAUUCUCCGGGGGCAAGGAGUUCCGCCUCGUGGUCGGCUGUGGCAUCAACUGUCUCAAUGCACGUCCCACCACGUCAAUCUCCGACGUCAUCGCCCUACACAACUCGACGCUUCCGGCCGGCAGCGCUGCUCUGGCGCCCGUGUCGCAAGAAGCGCUCUCCGGUGCCGUGCUCGCGACGCUCGAGAAGCUCUGGCGCGUCUUUCUCGGCGGCAGCGGCAGCUUUGCGCCGUUCCGCGAGCGCUACGCCGCGGCCUGGCUGCACUCGGACCAGAUUGCCUCGCUCGGUGAUACGGCGCCGCCGACGCCGGUGCGCAUUGUGGGCGUCACUAGCGACCAUGGCACGCUGCGUGCAGUGCCAGUCGAGAGCGAGCUCACGAGCGAGAGCCCCGGCGCUUGGGGAGCGAGCGAGGGAGCGGAUGCACAGCGAGGGCCGUGGAUCGAUCUGCAGCCCGAUGGCAACAGCUUCUCGAUGCUCGAGAACCUCAUCCGCAGCAAGACAUAGCCCGCGCUAGCGACAGAUGCGGCGCGAGCCGACGGCACCACCAUCCGCCCUCUGCUUGGCCCUCUUGCCCCUUCACACUAAUGCGAGCUCGCUGAGGC